GACUUCAUCGUGCCUCAACGUCGGGCGCCACCACUAAGGUGUCAGAAGUCGAGAUGGUUGGUUCUGCUGAAGUGACUCGAAAAUGCCGAUCUUCACGUUGCAUUCGGCAGUUAGACGAUUCAUCCUGAAUUGCAAACGCCCCUUUUGACAUUUCCUGUGAGCAUAUGUGAGCAACGGGGCAGCCAUUUGUUCCUUCGAGGCAUCGUCCCGGAGGCGCACAGCGAGAUCCGGCAUUCCAGUCGUCGCGGUCCUAGUUGUAUCCUGUUACCACGGACAACGCUUCUGCGGGGCACUGUCACUGCAGCCUUCAUCGAGGUAUAUAAGCCGCGCACCUCCAGACUCCGUCCUUUAGUGCUCUUUAAGUUACUUGCAUCACUUGCAGUCACUCCUUUCAUCUUCUCCAUACCCUCCUCUCAUAAUUAUAAAUGUCUAUCAAGACCGUUUUCGCGUUGGCUGCUCUCAUCGUUGCUGCUUCCGCGGCCCCCUCCAAUAGAGCUGUGUGUAGCAAAGGUCGAACAGCAGCCCAUGCUACUUGCUGCAAGUGGUUCGACGUCUUAGAUGACAUCCAAGAUGGCCUGUUUGAUGGCGCCGAAUGUGGUGAGGAAGUACACGAGCUCACUUUCCAUGAUGCUAUCGGGUUUUCCUUGACACAUCCUCUCACUGGUGGAGGAGGAGCUGAUGGCUCCAUCAUGGCGCACUCUGAGAUCGAGACGAAAUUUCCGGCCAACAACGGCGUGGACGACAUCAUCGAACAGCAACGUCCCAUUGCGAUCAAACAUGGCGUCUCCUUCGGCGACUUCAUCCAGUUCGCUGGUGCCGUUGGCGUGUCCAAUUGUGCCGGCGGUCCGAGACUUCAGUUCCUGGCUGGCCGCUCCAACUUCUCUUUCCCGGCUCCGGACAAGACUGUUCCUGAACCACAGGAUUCUGUCAACUCUAUUCUCGCACGUUUUGCUGACGCUGGAUUCUCGCCGAAUGAGGUCGUCGACCUUUUGGCGUCUCACAGUGUUGCUGCGCAGGAUCAUGUCGACGAGACAAUUCCUGGUUCGCCCUUUGACUCCACACCCAGCUCCUUUGAUCCUCAAAUUUUCGUUGAGACACUCCUCAAGGGUACGGCUUUCCCUGGGAACGGUGCCAACACUGGCGAAGUUCAAUCCCCACUUCCAGGCGAAUUCCGUCUCCAAUCCGACUUUGCCAUAGCUCGUGACCCCAGGACUGCUUGCGAGUGGCAAUCCUUCGUCAAUGAUCACGCUUCCAUGGUCAAGAAAUUCGAAAAAGCCAUGUCCAAGCUUGCUGUCCUUGGUCAUGUCCCCGCUCUGCUCACCGACUGUUCAGAAGUCAUCCCCCAGCCUAAGGCUGCCGCUUCGAACGUCGGGGUCAUCCCUGCCGGGAAGACCCUCAAGGAUAUUGAGGCCUCUUGCAAAGUGAAGCCAUUCCCGUCCCUCUCGGUUCUGCCUGGACCUAUCCAAUCCGUCCCGCCUGUCCCUGCUUCAUGAACGGCCACCAUUGCAUUGAAACACUUCUCUCACUACUUAAUUAAUCUAAAGUGGGCUUUCCACUGGCACGAACGGUGUAAUAUAUGGGUGGAGUAUCUAUUAUUACUUAUAUACGGAUCAUACACAUCU